AUUUCAAAACUUUUCGGCUCUUCCGGUGAUCGAUGGGUUUUCCGAACACAUGAAAGCAAAAGGAACUUACGUGUAAAUAGAUUAAAUUAUAAUUAUUAAGUUAGUUGAAUAAAUACUUGAUUUUAUUGGUGUGUAUAAAGUAUGCUUUGGUACACUUCAAUUAGAAUUUAGUGAAUUUUAAGAAACAAUUUAAUAAAUCGAUACAACUAAUGGCGAGAAUAAAAGGCUGCACAUUGGUGCUACUCCUCAGUAUUCUUAUAACUCGCAGUGGAGCACAACAAGGUCAUGUACAUGACCAAGAUUUUAGUGAUGAUGACCCAAAAAAUAUUUACACAAGUCCCAUAGUUUCUGGGUUUGCCUAUUUGGCUGAAAAUUUUGACGAUCCAGAGAAAUUUAAAACAGUUUGGAUCCAAUCUGAAGCGAAGAAAGAGGGAAUCGAUGAAGAUAUCGCUAAAUAUGAUGGUAUCUGGUCUGUUGAACAGGCAUCGAGAAAUGCUCAAGAAGGGGAUCUAGGAUUGGUGUUGAAAAGUAAAGCAAGACAUGCAGCUAUUUCCGCUCGUUUAAACAAACCAUUCAAAUUCGAUGACAAGCCUCUUAUUGUUCAAUACGAAGUUAACUUUCAGGACGGACAGGAAUGUGGAGGAGCUUAUUUAAAGUUACUUACUCAGGAUCCCCAGCAUAUGGAUUUGAAGAAAUUUCAUGAUAAAACACCAUAUACUAUCAUGUUUGGACCUGAUAAGUGUGGAAAUGAUCACAAGCUUCAUUUUAUCUUCAGACAUAAAAAUCCUAUGAAUGGAAGCAUAGAGGAAAAGCAUUGUAAAAAGCCAAAAGAACGUCUUGAAGAUUUCUUUAAAGACAAAAUCCCACAUCUUUAUACCCUUAUUAUACGUCCUGAUAAUACGUUCCAAAUUAAAAUCGACAAUAAAGUUGUGAAUGAUGGUUCACUGCUCGAUGAUUUUACUCCGCCUGUGAAUCCUCCAUUGGAAAUAGAAGAUCCAAAUGACAUAAGACCUGAAGACUGGGAUGAAAGAGAAAAAAUUCCAGACCCAACAGCUGUUAAACCUGAAGAUUGGGAUGAAGAUGCACCAGCUCAAAUAGUUGAUGAAGAUGACAUGAUGCCAGUUGGUUGGCUUGAAGAUGAACCACCAACAAUUCCCAACCCAGAUGCAGUCAAGCCUGACGACUGGGAUGUAGACAUGGAUGGAGAAUGGGAACCACCUGAACUUCCAAAUCCGAAAUGCGAAGAUGCACCAGGGUGUGGCCCAUACAAACAAAAAAUGAAGAAAAAUCCCAGAUUUAAGGGCAAAUGGUUACCACCUUUAAUUGAUAAUCCUAAUUACAAAGGAAAGUGGAAGCCAAGGCUCAUUCAUAAUCCUAAUUAUUUUAAUGAUGAACAUCCUUUCAAUAUGAUGCCAAUUCACGCAAUUGGAUUUGAACUAUGGUCGAUGUCACCGGAUAUUUAUUUCGAUAAUUUAAUUAUCACAGACGAUGAAGAUGUAGCUAAGCAGUGGGCCGAUGAUACAUUUGAAAUUCAUCGUCAAAAAAUAGCUCAAGAAAGUUGGAGUGUGUGGCGCAAAUUCGUAGACUUUACGAGCGAAAACCCAUGGAUUUGGGCUGUAUAUAUACUAGUCGUUGGCCUACCUGUAAUACUUAUUAUGUAUUGUUGCUGUUUCACGUCCCAGGAGAAACCAGAUAAGUCCGAAGAAAAUGAGCGUAUAAUUCCUAAUGAAGAAUUAAAUGAAACACCAGAAAGUGAUGGUAUUGAACCAAAUCAAAUGGAGUCUGUUGACGGUGAUGAUGAUCCCAUCAUUAGUGAGACUGAUGAUGUCGUAGAAGAUGACAAGGAAACACAUGAGGAUGGAGAUGCUCCACGUCAAAGAAAGCCAAAUAAAGAAUAAUAAUGAAAAACUAAGUAACAUAUAAACGAAAAUUAAAUAAAUUACCAUCGAAUUUUAUGUAAUAUACUCACAUUCCACAACCCACAUGUCAUAUUGAAUGAUAUGAUAUUGCAAGACCAUUUGAUAAUAAUUAUGUGAAAUUUCAUUAUUAACUAGUAUAAUAGAUGAAAGUAAGAAUAAUCAAGUUUGCAUUUAACCAAAUCGUUCUUUGAUACCUAACGCGAAUACUUUAAUUAUGUAUGCAUUAGUUAUACUCACUUAUUGGUUUUUUGAUAAACAAAAAUUAUCUGUAUUAACUUAUUUGAUAAAAAAAUGCGUGGAGUAUAAGUCAAAGAGAUGACAUAAUUUCAACGAUAUCUCAAAGUAUUUUACAUGUAAUGUAGUUUAAAGACACACAGUCGUCAUUUCAUUUAUCUUGAUCCAAUAAUAUCGUGUUCACAUUCAUUAACAAAUCUAAUCCUUGCCUUAUGUGCAUGAAUAUUUAAUGAAUAAGAUUUUUAAUUGUUUGUUCACUUAUAACUUAAAUUUAGUACAUAUUCCUUUAUAAAUUAUAUUAUUGAUUAUCGUUUUUAUGACUAUAAAUUAAAUUUCCUUUUGUUUGUGGAUUGCGUUUAAUAUUCAUGUUUGUUUUUUUUUCAUUUUUACUAUAUUUAAUAAAAAAAAAUCCAAAAAAUGUAACACAUUGUUAUAGCAUUGAUAAAUAUUAAACAAUUGGAGGUUGCAAUAUAAUGUUGAGCACACAAACUCAGUGCUAGAGUUAAAACAAUAAAAAAAUUGGUGUAUAAAAUUUUAUUAGAA